AUGUUAGGUGCUACUGCUUGCGCCACACCUCUACGGCGGGGCAUGCGCGUACACGAAGCUCUAAAGUCCGUCCCAUCUGGCUACGUACUCAAUGGCCCAGCACCCCCCGACACAGUGCUCACCUUCAAGCUUGCACUCGUGCAGAAUGAUCCUAACGGCCUUGUAGACGCGUUGUAUGACGUUAGCGCUCCGGACGGUCCGAAAUACGGCCAGUAUCUCAGCAAGGAAGAGGUGGUGUCCUUUGUAUCCCCGAGGCCGGAGAGCACGGCAGCGGUGAACGCUUGGCUCAAGGAGAAUGGGUUGAUCGCGACAACGAUCUCCCCUGCGGGCGACUGGCUGAGCAUCAGUGCACCCGUCAAUAAGAUUAACGACCUGAUCGACGCGGAAUACUCCGUCUUCACGCAUCCGAGCACUGGGAUGCAGACUAUCCGGACAUUGUCGUAUUCCAUCCCUGCAGAUCUCAUUGACCAUCUCGACUUGAUCCAUCCCACAAUUUCAUUUCCGAGUCCGUUUCGAAAUGCGCCUGAUGUCAAGCUGACGAGGCCAAAGCCUCAUCUAUCUGCGGAAUUGCCCCGCGAUAGCUCUCCUUGCGGGCCCUCUGGUCAAACACCCGCCGUCGACCCUGCAUGUAUACAGUAUUUGUACGAUAUUCCAACCACUCCUGCCACGAACCCUUCCAAUCGCCUCGCGGUUACUGGGUAUGAUGGAGAGUGGGCGAGCAAAGCUGAUUUGCAGCAAUUCCUGACACAAUACCGACCUGAUAUGAACAAUUCGACCACGUUCACCUUGCAGACACUGGAUGGAGGGGUCAAUCCUCAGAAUGGCUCGGCUGGAAGCGAAGCAGCCAUAGACGUCCAGUGGACUGUAGGGCUUGCCACAGAUGUCCCUGUCACAUUUAUCUCCGUUGGCGGAGACUUUCUUGACGCGCUUCUGGAUACUGCCAACUUCCUCCUUGGCGAGGACAGCCCUCCUCAGGUCGUGUCAACGAGCUACGGCGACGACGAGAGUGCAGUCUCGCAGAAGUUGGCGUACGCUUUGUGCAACGCAUAUGCUCAGCUUGGCGCACGCGGUGUCACUGUGAUCAACUCCUCCGGCGACGGUGGUGUCUCAGGAAACCACUACUCGGAGUGUACGACCUUCGUUCCGACGUUCCCGUCUGGAUGUCCUUUUGUGACAUCGGUAGGGGGAACGACAAUCAUUGGCACCGAGUGGGGAUCACCGUUCUCCGGUGGAGGCUUCUCCAACUACUGGAGCAGGCCAGCCUACCAGUCCGAGGCGGUCUCGCAUUACCUUUCCCUACUUGGUAGCAAUGACAGCGGGCUGUAUAAUGCCUCCGGGCGCGGGUACCCCGACGUGUCUGCAUACAGCGUCGCCUUUGACGUCAUUGUGGACGGGGAGGUAAACACCGAGGUUGGUACGAGCUGCUCCGCACCAACAUGGGCGAGCGUGGUCGCGCUUCUCAACGACCGGCUGGUGUCGGCCGGCAAGCCGGCGCUUGGAUUCUUGAAUCCGUUCCUGUAUUCUAAGGGCGCUGCAGCUUUGACGGAUAUUGUCAAUGGGAACAAUCUGUGGUGCACUAACGAUACAGGAUUUGAAGCUACAGUUGGGUGGGACCCUGUCACAGGUCUUGGCACCCCGAACUUCACGAAUUUAAAGACUACUUUGGGGAUUUGA